AUGAGGUGUCCUAGGUGUACGAUACCGAGCGUAUACCUCCUCGCUAUCGUCCUGAUGACAAGGGGCGCCCAGUCGGACUCGCAAGCGGACGCGUUUUACCCUUUCGCGAAAUGUUCCAGUUGGGAGAACCCAUACAGCUCCUACAGCGGAUAUGUCAAAUCCUUCAAUGCCGAGCUUCUCAUGGACGCGAAAAUCGACUCUGAGUUUGGCGACCAUUACAAUUAUGUCGCAGAAGGCACUGGUAGGACAGUGAGGUGGACCGAAGGGCGGUCCAAGCUUUCUUUCUCCUUCAGAUUUGGUUUGAGCGCUGCCCAGAACAUUGAUACUGACCAGUCUUGGAAGGCACACAUCCACGCCAGCAGAUGUGAUGUUUCCUCAGGCGGUGCUCACUACUUGCAAAACCAAAAUGGCCUAGACGGAGGUGAAAACAUUUUCGAAGUCGUCUUCGAUGCGAAGCGAUCUGGCGACGAGAUAAUGGGCACAGGAAACGUCACACGCGAGUUCCUCGCAGACUACAACAGGGCAGCGUCAGUUGUCGUGCACAUUGCCGACGGUACGCGAAUCCUCUGCUGCAACUUGGCACCUGCCCUACCGAAGCUUCCCGAUACGUGGAGUGCCACCAUCGAGGCCAACAUCAACAACUUCGACGCCGGCUCCAAUCUGAGCUACACCAUGCUUCGGAAGGAAUGGUAUCAUGCGGAGACCAACAACUUGCGUAUCGAUGAGCACAGCGCGUAUUCCCGUCAGACUCGCAUGAUGAACACGGUUGAAGAACGGUUGAUCACCAUGCACAGGAACGACACCUUCCCGGAUGGCUUAUGCAGCGACCACCCAUUGCAAUCCAGGAUGUCACGAUUCCUGACCCGUGGUGGGACGGACCACACAAUUAAAUCAACCGCGGAGAUGUUCUCCUUCGAAGGAGAUGCCCCAGACGAAUACCACGGAAUCACGGCAUCUCACGAGUAUGUCCGAGGCGUGCCAUGCGAGAAGUGGACACGUAAUGUGACGAUGGGCACCAAGAAGUACACGUACGAGUUUUACUUCCCAUUGUCAAGUUGGAUGAUACGGCGCGAGUCUUACCACCGCAUGCUUUGGCGCGUGGUUGUCAAGAGUGACGAGGGCUUCAGAGGCCAACCUGUGUUACAUUUUUAUGAUUUCAUCGACAUGGUACCUUUCAUUGAGGACAUGGAGGUUUUCAACCCGUGCAACGUGUACAACACUGGGAAACCUCUUGCGGGCAACUGUUCUUGUGGUCGGAUCGGUGCACCCGCGCCUCCACCGGCUUCUUGGGGCGGUGGCGGCUCGGGUGAAGAGGGCAUGAACGCUGGUGAGGUUGCGGGGCUGUCGAUCUUCUUCCUCAUUUUCGGAUCAUCUGUUUCGUUCAUCGGCACGUACGUGUACUUCACUCAGUUUGCCAACAGAGUUCCGCUCUUUCCUGAGAUGGAGAUGAGUCAUGCGUGAUUGAUGAUUUCUUCCUUUCAACUUUCACUAGUCGCACGCGAUUGUAAUCUAGCUAGAGAACAAAAUCU